AUGUCAGAAGUAGUAGGGAGUACCCCAUGUCCCGCGGACUUUCCCUUCGUCUACGCGGAUGGCGCCUACUGCUGUGCGACAGUUUCUGCCCCUGCCGCCGAAUCCAGUGAGGUCGUUGAGGAACCAGUAGCCAAUGCCCAUGUAACUAUUAUUGAGCCGGAAAUAGUGAAAGCCGCAUCUGAUGCCGCAGCAGCACCCGAGGAGAUAAGUACGCUGUGCCUUGCGGACUUCCCCUAUGCCUACGCAGACGGCGAUUACUGCAGCGCUACUGGUUUGUAUAUUUUCGUCAACCCAGAACCGAUCGAUAAGUCUAGCCCAAGUUGUCAGAACAACAACUUCACUUCAUGUCCAGGUAGCACCAAUUGCGAAAAUGCCUUUGAGGGAUCUGUUGUUACUGAUGCUGCCCCUGUUGCUGCACCCAGCGAGGUCGUUGAGGAACCAGUAGCCAGUGCAUAG